GAAUUGCCAGUCUAAUUGUUGAAAAUGAGCUUAAGUUCAAAAGAAAACGAAAAGAGGGAAAAUGAAAUCACGGUGCAAGAAAUUGACGAAUUGUUUGGACCUAAUCACCCCGCCCAUCCUCAACACUGGUCGGCUUUGAAACGCUGGAGCAUUUUGUUUGUAUAUUGUUUAUUACAAGUAUAUGUACUCUGGAGCAGUUCCGCUUAUGGCAGCACGGUCUCUCAGGUAAUGGAGUAUUUCCAUAUAUCUUCUCAAGUUGCAUAUCUGAACAUGAGUAUGAAUAUCCUGGGUAAUGGUUUAGGGCCUAUUUUCCUGGGUCCGCUAUCAGACAUUGGUGGGCGGAAGCCGGUCUAUAUUUGUGCUUUGCUCGUCUAUAUUCUUUUUAAUUUAGCAUGUGCUUUACCAAGGAAUAUCACACAGAUGGUGAUAUGCUCUUUCAUUUGUGGUCUUGCUGGCAGCACUGCCUUAACGAACGUGGCCAGCAGCGUAACAGACAUGUGGGGCGAUAAAGAUUCCGGAGUACCGAUGGGUCUAUUCGUUUGGACCUGCUCAUGGUUAAGUAUUGGCGGACCCAUUGGUGCCGCUUUAGUUGAGAAUCCUAAACUUGGAUGGAGAUGGCUAUAUUGGCUUAACAUGAUCGUUGGAGGCGCUUUUGUUUUUGUUUUGCUUUGCGUUCCUGAAACAUUGCCUAUUAAGGUCAUUUAUCAAUACGAGAAAAAGCAAGAACAUAAACUGCGUUUAGUGCCGUUGGUAUCGUUUAAACAAGCACUCCGAAACGUGAAUUUUGUUGCAACUAUGGGCUUACGUAUGAUGAUUCGAGAACCAAUUAUCAUGGUAUUGGGUUGUUACAACGGUUUUGCUUAUGGCACGAAUUACUUUUUUCUGAAUGCUAUCUGGCCUGUAUUUUAUGAUCAUUACAAAAUGACAUUUAUGGGUGCAAAUUGCACCUACCUUACCAACAUUGUUUCCCAUGGGUUGGUGUUUUUCUACCAGCCUGUUCAAGAUUGGCUCUAUCGCAGGGACCGCAAGCGCAAUGGUGACAAAAGUCGACCCGAAGCACAUUUUAUUAGCGCGCUGUUCACUUCUACUUUGUUCCCGGCCGGAAUGUUUCUAUUCGCAUUUACUUGCAUGACACAUCAUCACUGGAUUGUCCCAAUUAUUGGUUGGUGUAUGCUUGGUUUUGCGAAUAGCCAUAAUUGGUGCAACAUGUUAGUUUAUCUCUCGGAUGCAUACCCAGCACUUUCGGCUUCCGCAAUUGCUGCAUUUACGUUUCCAUCAUUUGCUGGAGCAACAGCAUUUACUCACAUUAGUCUUGUCAUGUUUAGUCAUAUGCCUGUGAAGUGGGCAGUGGCUACACUCGCUUUUAUAUCCCUUGCUAUUCCCCCGAUUGUUUGGAUUAUAUACUUUUUUGGCAGCAAGAUUCAAGCACAUAGCUCACUUUCUGGAGAGCGCGGCUACAAGUAUUUACCCGUUCGUCACAAAAACUAAGCAUGCUUUUGCUCCUUGCUUUGUAAGUCGAGUAUUUGCUAAUGUAAAUCACUUCGAUAACUAAAAAUUAUGUUUGCUGUUUUAUUCGCGGUUUUGUUUUAUUUUUUUCAGUAUGUUAUAUUCAAAAUUUUAGGUUCACAGCUUUAAAGCUUUUAUCUAAGCGGUUUAUGUAAAGAACGAUAUUUGAGUUCGUCCUCAAUGCUAUUAAGGAAGUCUUUCUUUCCGUGAGCUGGAAUCCAGCCUAGUUUUCGUCCGAGUUCCGCUUUACAACGUGAUGUGGUUCCCCAUAACAUGGGAG